UCCGACAGUUGGCUGACACGCGACGUGCUCCGUACACUUCGAUUUUCGUACGAGUUAAAUGUCGAUCGGUCCUGGUCCUCGGAGACCCCCCCACCCUUAACAACAUGAUGUCAUCCUGAGACCCUCCCAUACUGACAGCUGCUUCCUGUUGACACAACCACUGACAUGAGGUCAUUUCCUGCCGCUGAGACAAACACACACACAUACACACACACACGGACCUGCUGUUCUUCUCUCUCAUUGUUCUUCUCCUUCACUUCAGAGUGUGUUCGUGUGUUCAUUCUGUCGUCAUGGAGAUGAGAUGGGAUUGUUGCACCUGUAAACACAUACACAGCCGUGAUGUCACAGUGUGCUGGAGGACACCUGUUCAUCACUGCAGCAGGAUGUCGUCAUGGCGACGGGGUAAACAGAUGAUAACAAGCCCUCAGACUUCACAGCUCAUUUGAAUGCUGCGACCGCUGAGGGCCAGAGGAGAGACAGAGGUGAAGAAGAAGGGACAGACAGAGGAGGACGGGGCACAGACAGAUUUUUCCAUCAUGGCAGAGAGCGCAGACACGGAGCAGCUCCUGGCGGCUUUCAAGAAGUUCGCCAUUCACGGCGACACGAAGGCCACGGGGAAGGAGCUGAACGGGAAGAACUGGGCCAAACUGUGCAAAGACUGCAAGAUCAUUGACAGCAAGAAUGUCACCAGCACUGACGUGGACAUCGUCUUCUCCAAAGUCAAACAGAAGACGUCUCGGGUCAUCACGUACGAGGAGUUUCAGAGAGCUCUGCAGGAGUUGGCCCCAAAGAGGUUCAAAGGUCAAAGUAAAGAGGAAGCGCUGCAGUCCAUCUUCAAACUGGUGGAGGGCAGAGAGCCCACCAACGUCGGAGUGACGAAAGUGGCAAAGAUGGCGGCUGUGGACCGGCUGACCGACACGUCCCGCUACACCGGGUCGCACAAGGAGCGCUUCGACGAGAGCGGCAAGGGCAAAGGUCGGGAGGGCCGGGAGGAGAUCGUGGAGAACACGGGCUAUGUGGGAGCGUACAAGAACGCCGGGACGUACAUCACCAAGAUGAAGGCCGAGAAAUAACAAGGAGAAGGCAGCGCCCACUGCUGGCAGCUGACAGGAAGUACAGUUCCUCUGCAGCACUUAGUCCGGAUCAAGCCUUGAACUUUGAACCGUGUGUGUGUGAACGAGACACAGACUGACAGAGCUUCCUGUUCAGUUGUUACUACAUCGUCCAGAUCCAAUCCCCAAACAUCCGCCAAACAUUCGUCAAACAUUCGUCAAACAUCCGUCAAACAUUCGUCAAACAUCCGUCAAACAUCCGUCCCGUCAAACAUCCGUCAAACAUUCGUCAAACAUCCUCAAACAUUUGUCAAACACCCGUCAAACAUCCUCAAACAUCCGUCAAACAUCGGUCAAACAUCGGUCAAACAUUGGUCAAACACCCGUCAUACAUCCGUCAAACAUCCGUCAAACAUUCGUCAAACAUCCAUCAGCCCACUGUUUCAGCUCUGAGGAUAAUUUGGAAUUUUCCCUCAUGUUUUCGAUCUGCAGCAUCUUUCUGGAUUAAACUGAAACAGAAUUUGCAGUUUCCUGAAACAUUGGGAUUUUGUUUUGCAGCCUUGUUCUUCUUCUGCAAUAUUUUUAUCCUAAUUUUAAACUUGUCUGCCUGAAGCUCUUUCUGUUUGGAGUUGAUACAGGUCCAGAAACUGGGACUGGAAGUGACUUUACUGAAUAAAUAAAGAGCAGCGUUUUCUCUUCUCUUAUCAUUCUCCUGUCUGUUUCCUCUGCAGAGACUCGGUACCUUUCAGACCUGCAGCGUCUUCGAGCUCAUUAUCUCUGAAACAUUCUCCCAGAACGCUGAAUCGUUGAUUUUGUGGGUUAGAAACUGAAACGUUCCAUUUGAAGUGUCAGAUAAAUGAUGGUGGUGACAGAGUCUGAUGUCUCACUGACUCCAUAGUGAUGUAUGUAAUCCAGUCACUGGAUGCUCGUCCCCUCAGGUGGACCGGACACCUUUCAGGGGUUAAGGCCACGAGACUUAUGAUUUGCAAGGACACAUUUUUUUGGUCUGAGAUUAAAAUCCAUGAUGGGUCCUCAAGUUCAAUCAGUUCAGUGAUGUUUUCCCAUGGUGUGCCACCACUCAUUACUCUUCUUGUUGUUGUAUAAAGUGCGGUGCUCUGACUUUAUGCCAGAUGUUACUAAAGUUCCUGCUGAUUAAAGGUUUAUUUCUUUUCUCAG